UUGAUUUGACUUGCAUAUUACGGGAAGCCAUUUUUCCGUAGUGGCCGCCUCUCAUCCGGUACACGCGGUCGAGGCCCCGUCGUGACAAACGUCGCGUACGAAGAAAAGUGGAUCAUAUUAUUUUCUAUAGAAAUCUCGCAAAAUUUCACGGCAGAUUGUAUGGUGUGAAAUUGACUGUGCACGUGUGAGAAAAUGGCACGAUACGGACAGAGACCCGAGAACGCUCUGAAAAGAGCAAACGAGUUCAUCGAAGUGGGAAAGCCAGCUAGAGCAUUAGAUACUCUACAAGAAGUCUUCCGCAAUAAAAAAUGGACGUACAAUUGGUCAGAGUCGGUUUUAGAACCGAUAAUGUUCAAAUACCUGGACCUAUGUGUGGAGUUAAAGAAAUCACAUAUAGCAAAGGAGGGCCUAUUUCAAUAUCGGAACAUGUUUCAAUCUGUGAAUGUCGGAAGCUUGGAAAAUGUCAUACGUGGUUAUCUACGCAUGGCAGAGGAAAAAACAAACCAAGCACGGAAGCAGAGCCAACAGGCCGUUAUAGACAUAGAUGAUCUUGAUAACUUGGCCACACCUGAAAGCAUAUUGUUGUCAGCAGUAAGUGGCGAGGAUGCACAAGACCGAAGCGACCGUACUAUCCUGACACCAUGGGUGAAAUUUCUAUGGGAAUCUUAUUGCCAGUGUUUAGAAUUACUAAGAACCAACGCUCAUGUUGAGACAUUGUAUCACGAUAUUGCACGUAUGGCCUUCCAGUUUUGUCUUGAAUAUAAUCGUAAGACUGAAUUUCGUAAACUGUGCGAGAAACUGCGAAAACAUUUAGAGGAGAUUUGUAAAUUACCGGCUCUCGUGUCGAACGUUUCCAUGAAUAGAGCGGAAACACAACAGUUAAAUCUGGAAACGCGACUGAAUCAGCUUGAUUCAGCAAUACAAAUGGAGCUGUGGCAAGAAGCGUUUAAAUCCUCUGAAGAUGUGCACGGUAUGAUGAAUUUGUCCAAGAAACUUCCAGUGCCAAAAACUAUGGCGAAUUAUUACCAGAAACUGGCUAUGGUUUUCUGGAAGGCAGGAAACUAUCUAUUCCAUGCUGCGGCGUUGUUUAAAUUGUUGCAGCUCUCCCGCGAAAUGAAGAAGAACAUGUCUUUGGAGGAACAGCAGAGAAUGGCCAAUCGUGUCUUACUAGCCACUUUAUCUAUUCCACUGCCAUCGGCUCACCCAGAAUUUGAUCGUUUCAUCGAAACGGAUAAGAGUCCACUGGAGAAAGCUCAAAAGCUUGCCACGCUCCUAGGACUCACUCAGCCACCAACUAGGGUUUCCUUGCUUAAAGAUAUCGUUCGUUUGAAUAUCGUCAACUUAGCAUCGCCGCAGUUGCAAGAAUUGUACUCGUGGCUCGAGGUCGAAUUUCACCCUCUGGAACUAUGUAGUCGAGUAGACUCUGUUAUCCAGACGUUGCAGGCAGACGAAAAUAGCCCUUUAAUUCAGUAUAUCCCAGCCCUGCAAGACGUUACUCUUGUACGUCUGGUUCAUCAAAUAUCGCAAGUUUAUCAGACCAUACAAUUCGCUAGACUUUUGGAACUUGCCAAAUUCACGACAGACUUUCACCUGGAACGUCUGCUGGUCGAUUGCGUGAGAUACAACGACAUGCAGAUAAGGAUCAGUCACGGGAAGAAGUGCGUGCAUUUUGGUGUUGAUCUGUCGGAGGCUCAGAGGGAAGAUCAUCCCGAUGGUCCUGUAUUGCAAGCAAUGCCUUCUGAACAGAUCCGCUGCCAGCUCGUGAAUAUGGCCACUGUGUUGCACAGAGCGAUCAAUAUUAUUAACCCGAACAAGAAGAAAAUGGAGCGCGAAAAGUUGCGUUCCGCCAUGGUGAACCAUUAUCACGAGACCAAGAUGAAAGAACACCAAAGGAUCCUCGGAAGACAUAAGAUCAUCGAAGAAAGAAAGGAGUAUAUCGAACACAUAAACACAGUCCGCGAGGAAGAGGAAAUGCGAAGACAGGAGGAACUGCAAAGGCAGCAAAUGUUGGCAGAGCAAAAGAGGCUCGAGCAGGAGAGAGAGGAACGUGAGAGGAAACGGCAGCAAAGCGAGAUUCAGCAGAUCAAGGAUAGGCAUCUGAAAGAGAAGAUGCAACAGAUAUCUCAAACUAGUCACGGUCAGAAGGUAUUGAAAAAAUUGGACGAGGACGAAAUCAAGAAAUUAGAUGCGGAACAAAUCGCAGCCCGGGAAGCUGAGGAAUUGCAAAAAGAACGCAGAGAGAUGCAACAGAAAUUGAAGUCUCAGGAGAAGAAGAUAGAUUACUUGGAACGUGCCAAACGUUUAGAGGAAAUACCGUUGCUGGAGAAGGCGGUCGAAGAGAAGAUGGAAUUGGCUAAACAACGCUGGGAACAACAGGAAGCCGAACGAAUCGCCGCGGCCAUCGAGGAGAGACAGCAAGCUGUUGCCACACGCGAACGCAUGGCAAGAAUGAAGGAGGAUCAUGAUAGUUUCUUAGCGAAGAUCUUAGCCGAGCGUAAGAGUGUUUAUCUGGAAAAGCUAAAGGAAUUUGAAAAGGUAUUGAACGACGAGAGGGUGAGCAGAUUGCUGAAACGUAAGAUGGAACGUAAAGCCGAAAGAAAAGCCAAAUGGGAGAAAGAGCGAGCUGAAGCUAUCGAGAGAAGGCGUUUGGAAGAAUUACGUAUUAAGCAAGAAGAGGAGAAACGGCGUUUGGAAGAGGAAAGAACCAAGAGAGAAGAGGAAGAGAGACUAAGGCGUGCAGAGGAAGAGGCGAGAGAGGCUGAACGUUUGGCGAAAAUUGAGAAACAAGCAGAGAUCACCAGGGCUAGGGAAGCUGAGAUAGAACGGAAGUUAGAGGAGGAGAAACAGAGAGAUAAAGAAAUGGCGGAUAGAUGGAGACGUGGAGAACGUCACCGUAUGCAGGAUAAGCCAGUCGAAAUGUCCUGGCGUCGUCCUGUCGAUGCGAAAGAUGACGGUAUCAAAGAAGAAUCUACCCGUUGGAAAAGACGGGAUCCAAGAGAUGUGGAUAAUAAAUGGCGAAAGGAUGACGAUAAACCGAAGAAAGAGACUAUCGAGAGAUGGAGAAAAGACGAUUACGACAAGGAUGAUACAAGGGAUAAUAGAGAUCGGAUAGAUAAAGAUCGUGGAAUGGAUGGACGUUCAAUGCGUGACAUUCCACGUGAUCCGAUAUCUGAUGGACCUCGUAACCGUGGCAGAAUGUCCGAUCGUCGUGGUGGAGGUGGAGGUGGAGGUGGAGGUGGUGGAACUGGUGCUGGCGGUGGUGCCGGCGCCGGUGGUGGUGGCGGUGGCAGUGGCAGUGGUGGACAUCGUCGUGAAGAUACGAUGCGGAACACAAGUAGUCAAAAUUGGCGCGAUAAGAGCGACACGAUACAGAAUUCGGCUCGAGAUUUACCAAGACGCGACGAAAAGCGAGACGACACGAAAGAUGAUCGACUUCCAUCGAAGCACGACGAGAGAAGACGACCACCGGAAGACGAUGGAUGGUCACAGGUGAACCGGCGUUAACAUAGAAGUCGACAACAAUCUAUAGAAGCAAUGUUUAUUAUUCUUCAAGAACAGUGCAUAAUAUGCAGUUAAACUUUCGCCUGAAAUCGAUAGGCCCAACUCUACUGUUUUGUGCACCGCUUCAUUUAUUUCCGAACAUGCUCGUAACAGAGAGAAAAAGAAAAAAAAGCACAAAGAUCUAUGGGUCGUAGCCAAUUCACGUACGCAUUACGAAAGAAUACGAAUUGUAAUAUUAAUAGUCGACGAUAAGAUUGAGUUUAUAUGAUUUUUCUAAGCCGUGCAACAACAAUUUUCUAAAUCGAUUACACUACGAUAUAUGUAUUAGACUUGUAAAAAGGAAACAAAAACAAAGAAAGAAAAGAACAGAAAGCUCGGUGGAUACAGUAUACAUAUAAAAUAUGAAUCAAUGUACAGAGCAGAAGGGAUGGCGAAUUGUAUAAGUGAUGACGAUAUUGAAUUUGCUGGGCUAAACCUUUCGGCAAAGGUUAAAAGUCCAAAAAAAAAAAAAAAAAACAUUAAUAAAGUUUUCUUGUAUCCCAACUCUUACGUUGAUGUUUUUAUAAAACCAAUAUCGCGUGAUAUCUUCACCUUGAAAAAAAUACUAAAGAAACGAAUUGUGUGACUCUGAAAGAUCUAAUACAUAUAAUAGCAAUCUUCCGCACACAUUCGAGGUAACGACUUCUAGCCUGUAAAAUGAAACAAAACGUAAGAGCCAGACCUCUUUAUUACGGUGAGAAUAGAGAUCUACACAUCUUAUCUAUAUUGUCUUUUUAAUUGUUUUAUUACAUUUAUGAUAUAAUUAAUAAUUAAGAUACUACGUAAUAAAUAAAUCGCUACAGAGUAUCAAACUCCGUUUCUAUUUACAACCUAUAAAACUUAAACAAAACAUUCGUGAAGUCUUAAAUUAAGUCGACGUUAUUUUGUGUCAAUCUUCGUUGACAAAUGCAUGAAUAGAAAACAUAAACGCGUUAUUUAUUGUCUAUUUCUUUCAUUUAUCUAAACUGUAAUCUACUGUUCUUAUUAAAAAAAAAAAAAGAGAAAGAUUAAUUUGAGAAUGAAUAAAUGCGUGUGUAAAACUGGAUUAUUUUAAACGUGUGGAAGAUGAAGGAAACUAUUAAAAUUAUUUAGAUAACGUGUCGACCAACGUGAACCAACGACGACAGUUGAAAUACACUAUUAUUGUAAUAGAACAAAUUGCGAUGCUAUCGAUAUAUUUAUAUCUGUAAUCGAGACACUUCUCGAAAUUAUUACAUGAAAAUAUAUAGUUCAACACCA